CAAUCCAAUAUGGCGGGUGAAAAGGCAGUUCGUGAUGUGUGUGGUGUCUACUCUCGACUUUUUGACCACAGGGCCAUCCUGCAAAAUGAAUGUAAAUACGUGAUUCGUGAAUUCGAAGGCAAAAGAAAUGAUAGAGACCUUUCAAGACUGACAGAAGCGUCUCAAAGAGCAGAUGAAAUUCAGUCUAAAAUCCCAGAGUGCAUUCAACUAGCAGACCUGCUGAAUGAUGUGCAAGAUCAAUUAAAAGAUGCUAGACAGCGGUGUCAUAAUAUUUUGGAAAGGGAAGACCAGGAUCCCACUAACAUGAGGCGAGAUGAGAUCAAAGAAAAGUCCAAGAAACAAUGGGAUGUGUUUUUGAAAGAAAUGGAUAAAGAAGAAGAAGGCAUAGAGAAAGAGUUUCUGGCAAAAUCUCUAAAACUGAAAGAAAAAUAUGGUUUGAUAGCGACCACUGAAUCGACUUAAGGAGAAGAAAUACGUUCAUGGGAUGAAGUAUGUCUAUAAACAAGAGUGUGAAUUAUUGCUACACUCUCAAUGGAAAGAAUAAAUGUGUGAGAU